AUGAAACGACAGGUAGCCUUGUUGCAUGUAUGUAGAAGACAAUGCCGAGUCCUUGCCUCACCAGUGAGACUCUCGUCGACGGGUUCCAACGAUGGAAGUGAGAAACCCCCAAAAUCGGGUAAUCUUCCGGUCCCGGAAGGUGCAACGUUAUCGGCAACGGCAUUCGCCGAUUGCACACAUUGCGGGAAACCGUUGAAGGGUGCUCCAACUGUAAAUUGUGAGUAGUUCUUGCUUUUUCUUGAGGUUUAGGUUAAUUCAUAAUGAUUUGAGAGAACUAUGACCUUGUUUUAGCUUCAAGUAACUAUCUGCGAUGUUCGGAAUGCCAACGACUCUAUUCUACUGGUCGAGGUCGCUCCGAACAAAAAGGAAAUGGCAUAAAACAGCAGGAUAACGUGUUUAAGCGUCCGCCAUAUCCUCAAGAGGUAAAAAAAUAAAUUUUUACGUUAUACAACCAGGUGAACUUUUCUUAAUUUUUUUGAUGUUUAGAUUUUCAAUUACUUGGAAAGAUAUGUUGUGGGUCAACGAGACGCUAAGAGGACUCUGGCUGUCGGUGUGUACCAACAUUAUCGCCGAUUGGCAAACAAUAUAGAGAGAAAACUGCAAAAACAACAAGGGCAAGGUGUGCAGCCUGUAAAUAUGGGAGGGAUUCAUCCCGCAAAUCAAUUUAAUGGCACUUUUGGCUCUCCUCAUAUAAGUUCCAUCCCAAAUCAGUUUCAUGACCGUGAGUUUUGGAUUUUUUGCUCUGAUUUUAGGCAAUAAACUGUGUUCCAUGAAAUUUUUGCAGAUUUCACAGUUUCGGAAUCUCAUCCAACGCCGAAUGUGACCCAUUUGACGUACCAUCCCAGCCGAGGUCCUCCAAUCACCUCCAACGAACCUCAGAGCCAUAUUCCGGACUUUGAGUCCGCAUUUAAGAGAAUGAAGGAAGACGAGGAGAUGAUCCGUUUGGAGAAGAGUAAUAUCAUGCUCCUGGGCCCUAGUGGAGUCGGAAAAACAUUUGUCACACAGGUAGGGGUUUUUUGAGAGUUUGGGGAAUGGAAUUGUAACAGAUUUUGAAAAAUUUUAUAUUAUCCAUGAGAAGGUGAAUAUGAAUUUUGGGCAGUAUAAGGUUGCAAAAUGGUCUACAAAGUUUGGAAAUGAUAUAAAGUUUGAUUUGCCUGGUGUCAUUAGGAUAUUUUUGUCUAUUUCUGAGGAUUUUAUGUUGGCAUAUUACGCUUUUUCAAAAGUGCAGACACAUUUUGUCGUGGGCCGCACCGUGCACAAAACUCCCUUUUGCGGGGUGCAUUUUGACCUUUUGCACUGUGCAACCGGAUAUCGCUGCGACGCAAGCUUUUCUCAACGGAGCCGGCGCGAAUUUUUUGAAAUUGCACAGUGCAAAAUGUUUCGAAAAGGAUCGCGUCGCGCGGCACGGCAACCCAAAGUGCACGUCAAUCCAAAAUAGAAGAAAAAAUUUCCCGCCCCUUUUUGGUGAUUCGUUCAAAACAAAAUGAUAAAAAGCAUUUUCUUAUCUUUCUUCUUCCUUUUCGAGAAAAAGCAAUUAUUUCGGGCAAGAAAAAGUGCCGAUAAUUUCGCGACAUUUCGUCUCUCAUUUAAACCAAUGAAAACGAUACGAAGUUUCGAAACGGUUCAGGAAAUGCGCUGGAUUGACGUGAAGUGUCUCAUCAGGCUUUUGCCACUUUGCCCACCUAGUAUCGAUAGAAUUUGAAACGAAAUGUCACAAGUUUAUCGGCGUCUUUUUUCUCGAAAAAAUUGUUUUUCUCUGUCAAAGGCUGUAAAACGCAUCGAUAUCGAGGAGAAAAAAGUUGUCGACCUCUGGUUUAUCUAUACCUGUAUUAGUUUAAAAAUGGAUUUAUAUAUUGCAUCCGCAGUCUUUUCGGCUGGUACAGGUAGCAAUUUUCCGACUACAGAUUUUAGGUAUUCAACCAUUCAAGUUCAGGACAUUUUCUUUAGGUAUGUGUUUUUUCUUGCAUUGUUUCACCUUUAGGAGAUCAUCUUCAGUAUCGGAACUCAUGGAUAAAUCUAUUCCCAGUCGUUUUGCCACAUGAUUUAGCAGAAGCUUGGCGGAAUCUUUGCAAAAUUCACCCCCAGUCGUCGAACCAGCCCAGGAGUACAAAACGUCCAUAAAUUCAGCUAAUCUAAAAUGGAACACACAAACAUAAGCACACACAGACACGUCAAACAAGAAUUAUAACGUUAUAACUAACCUUUUAUAUGCCAUAGACCUGGACAAACAAUUAUACGGAGAUUUCCUGUCAAACUUCACCUUCUUUGAAGUAGUUUGACUCUGGGGUUUAUCAGGAUAGUCCAAAUCUCUUCUUUUUAAUUCCAACUGUCUGGUUUUCUGAUCCAGAAGCGUUUCCAGGAACUUUAUUCUUCCCUUGAGCUCUAAUUCGUUGGAAUUGAGGCGGAUAGUGGACGGUAUCUGUCCAGAUGAAUUUUUGGAUGGUCCAGCAGAUCGAUCAAACAUAUUUAUUAAAAUCCUGGCUGAUUAACAGCUUCAAACAAUCGUAUUUUUUGAAUUUUCAUCAAUUUACUCAAUCUUUUUUUGGAAUUAUUUAAUUUUUUUAAUCGAUUGUGACACUUCGUUUCAGACGAAACUACAAAAGGGGCGUGAGACUUUUUUGUUCUAUUUCGGGUUGCCGUGCGCGGGGAACACGAAACUUGCACUGUGCGGUGCAAAAACGGCCGGAAAAUGUGUCUGCACUUUUGAAAAAGCGUAAUAACUAGUGUAAUAUCGAAAAGUGUCUUCAAAUCGAAUUCAAUUUUUACUAGUGAUAUGAUAAUCCCAUUUCAGGUCCUAGCUCGCAUUCUGGACGUCCCAAUAGCUCUGUGUGAUUGCACAUCCAUGACUCAAGCUGGUUAUGUUGGAGAAGAUGUGGAAUCGGUCCUCCAGAAACUCCUUCAAAAUGCCAAUGGAAAUGUUGAAAGAGCCCAACAAGGCAUCGUAUUCCUUGACGAGGUUGAUAAAAUCGCCGCAACUGGCGACAAUGGCAGCCAUGCUUAUCGAGAUGUGGCUGGAGAAGGGGUUCAACAUGCUUUAUUGAAGUUGGUGGAGGGAACAGUGGCUAAUGUAAAGAGUGGCAGAAAGGCUCCAGGACAGCAGGUAAGGACUUUUGGAGGGGAUGGAUUGAGGUUUUAGGGAGUUUUGGAAGAAAAAUUGUGCUAUAGUAGGUAUUAGGUGAUGUUUUUGCUGAAAAGAGAUGGAAAAUGAUGGAAUUCUUUGGAGAUUGUUAUUUUAUUAAAAACUAGAAAGCUUAUAGAGUAAUUUGUAAAAUUUAAAUUAAGCUUUGAACUUGUUUUUGGUCAGUUCUAUUCAUUUUUGUAUCUAAUGUCUAGUACAAUAUAAGUUACGUCAUUUUUCCAGGACACGGUUCAAAUGGACACCACUGACAUUCUGUUUGUGUCGUCUGGAGCCUUUACCGGCCUCGAGAAGAUUGUUGGCCAACGUUUGGACAAGCGUUCGGUUGGAUUUGGGUCAGCUUCCAACUUCCACUCAAUCACGGGAGACGAUAAAAUUCAAGCUGAAAUCAACGAAAAACGUGAUAAACUUCUGUCGGAAGCCGAUCAAGGCGACUUGAUCAAAUUUGGAAUUGUGCCCGAGUUGGUUGGCCGUUUCCCUGUGAUCGUCCCGUUCCAUUCGUUUAAUCGGGAGAUGUUGGUGAGAGUUCUGACGGAGCCGAAGAACUCCUUGCUGGCUCAGAUGAAGACUCAAUUUGCGAUGGAUGGGGUAAGGAAGAUUUGGGAGGGGAUUGGUGGGCAUUGGAGGUUUAUUUGAGAUGAUCUUUAGGUGUUUUGUAUAGCUGAUGUCUAGUGUAAUAUAAUUUUCGUCGAGUUUUUGAUCGAAUUGAAAUUUAGAUAGUAGCAAAUGCCCUAAAGUGCAUUCCAAUUAAAUUUCGCAUCGUUUACAGUUGAUUUCACAUGAAAAAUCAAUGAUUUAUUUCUGAUGUCUAGUAUAAUAUAUAUUUUUAGGUAGAACUAGACUUUGAUCAAGAAGCUCUGGAAGAGAUCUCAGCCCUCGCCUUGGAGCGGAAGACAGGCGCUCGAGCCCUCCGAUCGAUCAUCGAAAAGGUUCUUUUGGUCGCCAAAUUCGAAGUCCCCGGAAGUGACAUUGAAAAAGUUACAGUAACCCGUGAUUGUGUGAAAGGAAAGGAAGGCUAUGUGUAUGAGAGACGACGCCAAGAGCAGGAGCCAGAAAUAGAUGAGAAACGAUCGGCCGCCUGCGCUUGA